AUGCCGAUAUUCCCUAAGACGGGAAAGUCGGCGAUGAUUUUGGAUCCUACCAUGAGGUAUGUGACAAAUGACCUCGAUCAGGCAGGCAAAGUGGAAAGAGAGAAAAUAAAGACCUAUGAGAAAUGCAUUCCUUUACUUAGUAAAAAGUUCCGCGAGAGUUUCGGGCCGAGAGAAUUUCACGUGAGAGGCCUUUGGUUCGGACCUCUCAGAACGAUACCGAACUCAACAAGGAGGGGGUUCUUCUUCGCUCUGGCCAUGGCCUGCGUCUUCGCCAUGCCGGCUCCUGAAGAACUCGUGAGGACCAAGAAGCAGGUCCUGCUCGGAGGAUACCCAUAUGCUUACACCGCACCACUUGCAUACUCAGCCUAUUCCGCUCCUCUCACUUAUGGAUACAGCUACUGGGCAUAAGAAGAUACUUUAAUCCCAAACCCCAACCAUGCACCAUGUCACAAUGUACCAACAAUAAAUUAUCUGCCCUAU